AUGGCGGUGCGGAAUAGGAAAUCCAAGAGGCAGCUGGUCCGCGACGAGAAGCGCGCCAAGAAGCGCGACCGCGAUCUCGCCGAUGACGAAGAGCGUUCCGCAAAGCGCCAGCGCCACCACGACGAUGCCGCCGACGCCGACAACGAGUUCGCCCAGUCCAACGACUUCUACACUCUAGACCCCAAUGCCGACUACAUCCCCUUCGACGACGAAGAGCAACCCCAAAAUGCGGCCCCGACCCACCACGACCGCGGCGGCAACUUCGAGCGCGAGUUCUUUGGCAUGCUGGCCGAGGAGGAACAGGAAUACUUCCGCCACGCCGACGAGUUGCUCGAGCUGAACGACUUUCCCUCGCCCGAGGACCGCCACGUAUUCCUGCAGAGCGUCUACCGCGAGGCACGCGGGAAGGAGCUCAAACUGGCCAGCAGCCAGUCAUGCUCGCGCCUCAUGGAACGUCUGAUCCUGUUGUCGGACGCUAGGCAGAAGAAGAGCCUGUUCGGUGCCUUUGGGGGGCACUUCAUGACGCUCGUUACUCACCGCUUUGCGAGUCACUGCUGUGAAAAGCUGUUCCUUAUGAGCGCGCCGGUCGUGACGGCCGAGUUGAGCGGGGAGGCGGACAAUGAUGUGGAGAUGGGGGAGGCAGAUGAAGAGAUCGCGGCCGAGGUUGCGGAGGCCAUGAAGACGUCCAUGGAAGAUUUAUUUAUGCUGACGCUGGACGAGUUCGAAGAGCACCUCUCGUUCCUGUUGUCGGAUCGGUACGGUUCCCAUGCGCUACGAGUGCUGCUGGUCGUGCUGUCGGGGAGGCCACUGGCCCAGGCGGGGACCAAGUCGCUCCUCCAGGGCAAGAGCAAGGAGUACAUCACAGUGGAGGGCGCAUAUUCCAUGACGAGCGAGCUCAAUUCGCAAGCUAGAACGGUGCCGUCGUCAUUUUCCACGGCGAUACAGAAGAUUAUUGGCGACGCAACGGCUACUCUGGAUUCGACGGCGCUGCGGGUACUGGCAAAGCAUCCCACCGGUAACCCUACGCUGCAACUCUUGCUAGAGUUGGAGCUGUCCUUGUCUGCAAAAUCGAAAAAGGCACCUCCGCCAAAGAAGGAGGACGGCGACAAGGCAGCCGAGGGCGAGAGCGAGAGCAAGGACGCCGCAGUAUCGCUGCUCGAGAGGCUUGUUCCAGAUGCCCCCGCCUCCUUCAGCGACGAUAAGUCGCAGGCGUGCGAGUUUGUCAACGGCAUGCUCUAUGACCCCAUUGGGUCGCGCCUCCUCGAGACUCUAAUUGCCCAUUGCCCAGGCAAGAUCUUCAAGGGCAUCCUGGCCAACAUCUUUGGACCUAGAAUCCAGAGCCUCCUCCGGAACGACAUCGCCUCGUACCCGGCCAUCAAGGUCUUGAACCGGCUAAGCAAGGAAGAUCUUGCUGACGCCGUGCAAAAAUCACUACCCGAAAUCCCAUCAUUCGUUGAGAAGGGCCGACUCAACGUCAUCAAGACCCUCUUCGAGCGCUGCAAUGUACGCGGCGCUACCACCGAGCUUGGCACUCUUCUCCAGGCCCUCACAACGGCAUGCGGCGGCAACUGGAAACACAUUGUUCCGAAGCUCUGCCUCCUCGCCGAACCCGAACCAGAACCCGAAUCCAAGGAAAAGAAGUUCCAGACGCCCGAGGCCAAAAACAAAACAGCCCUCCUAUCCCACGGCAGCCAAGUCGUCUCAUCCCUGCUCACCAUUCCCGGUCAGACCACCAAAGCGGUCCAGAACUCCCUCCUAUCCCUCACGCCACCCCAGCUUCUCCGCAUGACCACCACCUCGGCCGCGACCGGGACCAUUCUUACCAAAGCGCUCGCCACCGCCCCUCAGAUCCCGCACUUCCACAAGCUCCUCGUUGCAGGGCUGCUCCCUAACAUCUACGCCAUCGCCACCUCCCAGCACGGCAACGCUCUCGUCAACGACAUCAUCUCGGUCCCGUCCAAAGGCGAUGGCACGAUGGCGGUCGUGCCAUUCCAUCUCAAGGAGAACAUCAUGGCCCAGCUGGCGGGGCACGAGCACGAGCUGCGCGAGUCGUGGCUCGGGAGAAACGUAUGGCGUACGUGGCGGGGCGAUUUAUGGAAUCAUCGACGUCACGACUGGGUGAGGUGGGCGAAGGAGACCGAUCCCGAGGAGGCCCGAGUGGCGGCCAUGCCGAGGUUGAAGAGUGAGGGGGACGAAAAGAAGGCGGGGCGGGGGGCGGGGAGCGCGAAGCACGAGGUCGAGAGGGAAGAUGAGAUGAUCGAGGACGAUGUGAGGAACGUUGAGAAUGGGGCGGGAGCCGAGGUCGACGUCAACAGCGGGGAUGAGGUCGAGCACGUGGUGGAACACCUGGUUGCCGACGACGUACAAGACAAGAAAGCCAAAAAGGGAAAGAAGGAGAAGAAGGACAGGAAGGAGAAGGAGAAGAAAGACAAGAAGGACAAGAAAGAAAAGAAGGCAAAAGGUGAAAGCGGCGAUGGGAAAGUAAAGGAGAAGAAGAAAAAGAGGGAUAAGGAAAAGGCAACUGACGAGGCGGAAGUGUCUGCUUAG